GAAGCCUAAUACAACAACGAAAUACGAUGCCGAAACGUCCGCGAAGACUCCGCAGACCAUCACCGGAUGCCUUCCAACCUCUAAGAACCUUCCUACAAAUCCUCUCACUCCAAACAAUCUACUAUAUUUCCAGCUUCGUCCUAAUCCUCUUCACCGCGCUCGUUGCUGGCUGCGCGUUUUCCCUCGACCUGAUAUUCUCAUGGCGCAGCGUUCGCGGCGAUAACGCCGUCGGUUGGACGCUGAGUAUUGUUUGGCUGUUGUGUUCUGGUAUCAUGUUUGUUGCCCCCCCCCCCUUUCCGCCUCUACCACCCAGCUAGCUAAUAGGGGGCAUACUUAUCCAGGGUAAUAGCGCAACUCCUGGUCCACGCUCGUAGUAAGAUGGUUCUGGACUUUAGCCUUACGCUGCACUUUUUGCAUCUAUUGGUUGUGACCGGAUACGAAUGGGAGUUGCCGAAGAGCGUGCUCUGGUGGGGAUUACAGGUUGCGUCAGCUGCUUUGAUGGUCGGGGUCGGCACUUGGGCGUGUCGGUGGAGGGAGCUGAGGCCUAUUUCCUUUGGUAGUGGGGGGGUUGGAGGGGGUACCGUGGGUGCGGGAGAUCCGAGUGGGGCGUAUGAGAUGGUUAGGAUGAAGGAGGAGGAGGUUUGAAUGCUCGCGGCGGGUGAUGGUGAUGGUGGUGGGAGGUUUGUGUUCUGUGGGUUUCACGUGGCGGGGCUGCCGAGCAUGGGUUAUACGGGUUUCUACAGCAUGGGUUCGGCACGGGCGUUUUUUGUUUUCUUCCUUAUAACUCGUUUACAUUUUCUUGGUCUGUCUCUUUUAUGCUGCUGUUGUGCUAUGCUAUAGAUCAUGGUGUGAGGUAUGGGUAAUGUAAUUGUUUUUUCUAUUUUU